AUGAGCCGGGCGGAGGCGGAGGAGGAGCGGUGCCGGUACAAGGGCGUGCGGCGGCGGCGGUGGGGGAAGUGGGUGUCGGAGAUCCGGGUGCCCGGCACGAGGGAGCGCCUGUGGCUCGGCUCCUACGCCACGCCCGAGGGGGCCGCGGUGGCGCACGACACCGCCGUCUACUUCCUCCGGGGCGGCCUCCUCGGAGACGGCGGCGCGUCGGCGCUCAACUUCCCGGAGCGCGCGGCCGCCGCGUACGGCGCCGGCUCCGUCGCGCCCCUGUCGCCGAGGUCCGUACAGAGCGUGGCGUCCGACGCCGGCAUGGCCGCCGACGCGCAGCUCGUGGCGGCGCGGGACAGCGCGCCCGAGGCCGCCGCCGCCGGGCCGAGGCGGUACGCGGAGCUGCGCUCUGGCGCCGGCGUCGGCGCCGCGCAGGGUGGCGCGAACGCGUACGCGUACACGCAUAUGGGCGGCGGGUAUAGUGCUGGCGGUAGCGGCGGCAGGGAGCAGCUCGUUCACGGGGACAUUAGCGUCGACGACAUGGAGAUUUUGAUGUAA